AUGUCUGAACCUGACCUCACUCCUUCUCCUGAUACCACGCGUUCUGCCUCUCCAACUCUUUCGUCGUUCAAUGAUGAUGGUGUGCCGGUGGCCUUUCCGUCUGCUCCUGGGCGUGCCACAUCACCCGCUGGCGAUGCUGUGAAUGAUGGCGGUCGGCCCCAUACACCACCCGGAAAACAACCACCUCCCGUUGUGUUUAAUACUCCGACCUCUCUCUUGUCGGAACGGCCGCUCUCCUGUUCCCGCAAAUUUCAGUCACAGGAAGUGACUCUAGACACAUUACGGACAGAGGCCGGGGGUGAGGCCUCAAGGCUACGGGUCGGGCCUGUAUCUAUUCGUGAUUUUAUGCGUAUUACCUUCCGAAGCUGCUUCGAGGACGUGGUCGAGAAUGCCCCGCAGGGCAUAUCCAACAAAGCUCGGACCAAAGUCUCGAAAAUACUGAAGGGCGUGCCUACCGGGGAUGGAGUUGAACUUCAGAUGUAUGAUCCCCUGAAGAAAGCGAUGAAUGCGAUGUGCUCGUCACUAUGGGGCAAGCGCUGUCCCAUCAGACUAGACAUCGUCAAUAAUACCAAAGACGCUAAGGAUCCUGGGAUGCCAGACCUCAUCAUUAAUUCGAAAGGAAAAGGGAAGACCUGCCGCUGGCCAUGCGCGUUGGCGUUCGUGGAAGUCAAGCCUAACGAGAAGCAAGACCCUUUUUACUAUGUCGCCGACAACUCGAGCCGAGAUAUUCCUCAUCAAUAUCAGACAGAAGUCUGGAAUCAGUUCUCCCACUACGCCACAGUUUCUUUCAAGCGCCGACCUCGCUGCUUUCUGUGCGGUCUCGGAGUUUUCGGUGGUCGUGCUAGGUUCUUUCGCUGGGACCGUUCCGCCGUGCUCGUCUCUGACUAUUUCGACUACAACGAGAAUCCUGAGCCACUUUGGCAAUUCCUUUCCGGAUUUGGCGCCAAGGGGUACAAUGGCAGUGGCAUCGAUCCCACAAUACAGUUCCAGUCGCUCCCAACGGGUCAAGCCGGUUUAUUGCGGAAGAAGAUCAAGCGGGCAAGGGAGAAGCGUCUGAUCUCUGAAGAGGCCGAAAAGCUUGACGAUGACACCCUGGUGGCGCUGAGUAGUACCAUCAUAGCCCCGUCCAAGUCUGGCGAUAAAGUGGAGCAGUAUAUAACUAUUGGUCCGCCGCUCUUUACCUCCGUGGCGCUUCUCGGGCGAGGAACGUGUACUUGGCUCGCCGUCCCUGUCCCAGGCACGGUUGAAAACCCCGAGCGCAGUAACGAGGACCACUUCGUCAUCAUCAAGGAUUCCUGGCGUGACCCGUCUCGUAGGAUCGAAGGCGAUAUAUAUGGGAUCAUUCAUGGACCUGAGGGGCAUGUUCCCGGGGUGGCGAGGCUGCGAAGCGAUGUGGAUCUUGUCGACCUUCCCGACCCCAACAGCGGGAUGCAUCGCACGAUUGCUGAGAUACUGAAUAAACACUAUGAACCCCGCAAGUGUCCUCCCCGCGUCCAUCAUCGCUGCAUCCUCGACUCCGUAGGGAUCCCCCUCAGUCGCUUCUCCUCUACCCGUCAGGCGCUGGAGGCUUUCUACGAUGUUGUUCUAGGUCAUGAGUGCAUGGGCCAGAAGGACAUCCUGCAUCGAGAUAUCAGUGUAAACAACAUCAUGAUCAGUGCCUAUCCUGAUACGGAAAUGUGCAAGGGCUUUCUCAUUGACAUGGAGUAUGCCACCGUCAUUGGUGAGGCCGGUAGUGACGGAGAUCUUCGUGAGAUCACGGGAACUACGCAGUUUCUAUCCGCUGCUCGAGUUCGGCAACGGGGGAAGGAACUACCCGUGCAUGAGACUUGGAACGAUCUGGAAUCCUUGUUCUGGUCUCUUGUGUACACCUUUACUCACUAUCGGCCGCAUACUUUGCCGGAGCACUGGAUCCGUAAAGUUUUCGUCGUUGCCGAUCCCGACCUCAGAAUUCGCUUCGUCGAAGAGCACACAAAAAAGUUGCAAGUGUUAUGCGGUCCCGAUCGGCGCAGCGAGGGCGUCGGAAGCGCACAGAUUCCCGAAGAAAGCAUCUCUAUCCACGUUCCAUUAACCUCCUGUAUCCACGAGAUUGCAGAUCUCGUCGCCAGCCACUACCAUCGCCCGAGUGUGUACACACUCCUCCGUAAUGCACAUCCAGAAAUGUUCUGCCAGCUCAAGACUCACGAGAAGAUCAAGCGGGCCAUUCGCGACGCUUUGGACACCGGUGACUGGCCUCAUCCAGACGAUAGUGCCACUCCCUUGCGCCUUAUACGGGAAACCAAGAAGGAUGCCUUGGACACUACCGCAACGAACCUCGGGUCCAAACAUGCAUCCGGAAGUAAGGGUAAGCGAAAGUGGGAGGACGAGGAGGACACGUCUGUGAAACGCGUCCGUCAUCGCGAGAGCGAGAAUGAUAAGGAUGCGGUACCGGGGAAUCCUGCGGGGUGUGGGAUUAAAGACCGUCUUCCCCCUGUAUUAGACUUCGUGUAA